AUGGGUUGGCCUUCGUGGUGACGCAGAUAGUUAUUUGCAUCAAACGCCGAAAAAUGGCGAAAUAAAAACAUAAAGAACGAUAAGACGCAUAGAACUGAAGAUCCAGGUUUUGCCAUUUGUCGCGGCGAAGCUAUGGGGAACACAAGCAGCGAGCGAGCGGGCGUCGUCCAAGGGGACAAAGUUCACCGACGGGACAGUCGUGGGGCCAAGGAGGGCGAGUGUCCAAAAAUCCUUAUGGACAGCCCUGAGGACGCGGACAUUUUUCACGGAGAGGAUAUUAAGGCUCCAGCUGAGAAGGAAUUUCUGACUUGGCAACCCGAUCUGGAGCAUGAUGACAGCGGCUCCAUCCAGGACCGGCCCACCGUGUUCCGAUGGACCGGGGCUGGCAAAGAAGUCUUUGUGUCCGGCUCAUUCAACAGCUGGGUCACUAAGAUACCUCUGAUCCGGAGUCAGAACAACUUUGUGGCCAUAGUUGGCCUCCCGGAAGGUGAGCACCAGUACAAGUUCUUCGUUGAUGGUCAGUGGACCCACGACCCCACAGAGCCAGUGGUAACCAGCCAGCUCGGCACGGUCAACAAUGUCAUCCAGGUGAAGAAGACGGACUUUGAGGUGUUUGAUGCACUCAUGGUCGACUCACAGAAAUCCUCGGACAUGUCAGACUUGUCCAGCUCUCCACCUGGUCCGUACCACCAGGACCACUACAUGCCUAAACAGGAAGAGGGCGCCAAGUCCCCGCCCAUCCUACCGCCGCACCUUCUGCAAGUUAUCCUUAACAAGGACACGGGCAUUUCUUGUGACCCUGCCCUGCUUCCGGAGCCUAACCACGUCAUGCUGAAUCACCUGUACGCCCUCUCCAUCAAGGACGGCGUGAUGGUGCUGAGUGCCACUCACCGGUACAAAAAGAAGUACGUCACCACUCUCCUUUACAAGCCCAUAUGAACGCUGGACACUGAGACUUCUGUCAAUUCCCUUCCUGUUUUGCCUCUGCUGUUUCCAAUCACGAGCAUCGCUGUGACAUCUUUUCAUUUUCAGUCGUCCUCAGACGAGUAUAGCCAAGGAGUGUGAACAAGAUUUCCCAGAAUGCUCUGGCUCAAAAUUGCACAGUGACAAGCUUGCUCUUGCUUCCCUAGUGGGUAAGGGAAGGUUCUUGGUAUGAAGGUUCAAUGUUUCAAGAUAAUGGGCCUCAUUCACCAACCGUUCUUAAGAAGUAGUUUCUUCUUAAAACCCACUUAAGCAGUUUUAAUGAAAAUUCUGACAUUCAAUGUUUUAUUUGGGAUUUGUUCUUAGGUAAGAACAGAACCUACGCACAAUCAAGAGCACAUUUAUGCACGUUUGAUUGCUCACAAGUUUGUACAAAAUAAUAGCUUAUUGCGCUUUCUUCAAUUCUGCAGUUGUAUAAUAUUAUAGGAUUUAAAUUCCAACAAUAUUUUUAUUAUUUAUACAAUUUUAAAAUAAUAAUUUAAUUACAGUUUUAACAAUGAAUAUUUUAAUAAUUAUUUAUUACUAAUAUUUUUUUAGCAAUUAUUAAAUGAUUGAAACAAGUAAUAGGAUCCUAUGCAUCUUUUAUUCUGUUAUUGCAUAUCCACCCCGCUAAGUAUGAUGGCUCGUUUGCUGUUCACAUCCUACAGCAGUACCUUCUCUUCAGAACUGCAGUCGUCGUUCUUACAUUUGCAGUCCGGUGCUCCACUGAGGGCCUGGCAGGGCAUUUAGCUAUUAGGACCGACUGACGCAUGCUUUCAGUUUACGAGAACAGUGGGAUUCAUCGUUAUAAGAACACAUUUGCAAAGAGAUCUGUGGUUUAAGAACAUGUCGCGAAUCGGAUGUAGGCUUUCUUAGAACCUUCUUAGGACCUUUCUCAAGAACAAAACCUUAGGAUGAAAUUGUUGAAUGAGGCCCACCGUUUGUAGAACUCUCAUGAACUAUAAAAAUGCGACUUUUUGGUACAAACAGUGUUCUUCUUCUCUCUCUCACUAAGCAUCUUCGACAAAGUCACUUGCCUGCAUAUCUGAUGAGUCUCUGUCAUCCACACAUUCUUUUUCCUCCCGGAAAUUCGUUUACAGACAUAAUACUCUAACAUUCUGUUUAUAUCGACAGUAGUAUAAAUUUUUGAUUUGUUUCUUACAAUUAGAGUAUGCUGCUGAAAUAGUCUAAGGGGCAGCCAGGAGAAAUGAGGGACCAAUGGCUGGGAAAAACAACUGAAUGGCUGUGGUUCCGGGGAACCUGUCCGGGCUCCUCCUGGCCCUCUCAAUACGUGAUCGAGGGAUCUGCCCAUUUCCUUGAUCACUUCCAGAUCGCUUCCUGCCGAGGUUAUCGGCACCUGUAGAGAUUGUGGAUUGGAUGUCAUCAUGCCAAUUGAUAUUUGUGCCCAGUUUCUAACAUAAUAAAGGAUGUGAUUCUGUGACGA